AUGGUUACAGAUCCGUGUCGUUUUCUAGUGCUAGCCCUAGUGGUUAGUCAUGUUAUGUAUGGAUCUCAAGGCGCAAAUAUUCUCGGACUCUUUCCGAGUCCGAGUCCCUCACACCUGAUCAUCUCGAUGUCGGCUGCCAAGGCUUUGGCCGAACAAGGACACAAUUUGACGGUGGUCACCGUUCUGGAACCAACAAUCACCCACAAGAAUAUACAUGUAGUUAAGGUGCCAAUGACCAAGGAGGAAAUUCAGCAAAGGAGCGAGACCAUUGGAGCGAAACAAAAGAACAGCAGUGGCAGUCGGCUCAUUGCCAUCCUAAAAAUGGCCGGUCAAAUGGACCCCAUGUUGAGGAAAAUGGCAGAUGCCCUGAGGGAUGAGAGAGUAAAGGAUCUGUACUUGAACAAGGGCAACCACUUCGAUCUAGUUGUCUCGGGCUACUUCAUGAAUGACUACACUGAUCCCGUCGAAAAGGAUAAGAACAUGUCCUUUGCACAACGAUUGAAUAGCUAUAUUACCAACCUCUUCUACCAAGUAUUUGUGUGGCAAAUCGACCAGCGUAAUCGUCAGUUCUACAAGGAACUCUUUGCCGACGACCCCAAUAUGCCGGAGUACUCGGAAAUGCUGAAGAAUACAUCACUGGUGCUCUUCUGUUCCCAUGCAUCCAGUGAGGGAUCCAUAAGACCGAAUGUCCCUGCCGCCAUCGAGAUUGGAGGCAUACAGAUCAAAGACAAGCCGGAUGGUCUUCCUAAGAACCUCGAGGAGUUCCUGGUAAAUGCCACCGAUGGGGCCAUUCUGCUGAGUCUGGGUUCCAAUGUCCAGGGUAGCCACAUAAAGCCUGACACCGUGGAAAAGAUGUUCAAUGUGCUCUCGAAACUGAAGCAGCGAGUCAUCUGGAAGUGGGAGGACCUGGACAAUAUCCCUGGGAAGUCGGAUAAUAUCCUGUACUCCCGCUGGCUGCCGCAGGACGAUAUCUUGGCACACCCGAACAUCAGGCUCUUUAUCAAUCAUGCCGGAAAAGGAGGUAUUACCGAAUCUCAGUAUCAUGGCAAACCCAUGCUUUCGUUGCCCGUUUUCGGGGAUCAGCCCAGCAACGCGUUUGCCAUGGUCAAAAAUGGAUUUGGGCUCACACUUAGCCUCCUCAACCUGGAGGAGAAGCCCCUUAACGAGGCCAUCCAGGAGAUCUUGACGAACCCACAGUACAGCCAGAAGGUUGCCCAGUUCUCCUCCCUCUAUAGAGACAGGCCAAACAGUGCCCGGGACUCAUUAAUUUUCUGGACGGAGUACAUCAUCCGGCACCAUGGAGCUGCCCAUCUCCAGAGUCCCUUGGUUCACAUGGACUUUAUAGCCGCCAAUAACCUGGAUAUAUACCUCCUGCUUGCCUCUUUAUUAAUCGGUCUUUUACUUAUUUUGAAGGCAUUAGUUCAAUACAUUUUAAAUAAGCUACUCUUAAAGUUGAGUACGGUAAGAAAGGUCAAGAAUCACUAA